UCCGCGGCAAGAUGGCGGACGGGGAGGAGGUGACGCUGGACGGCAAGCCGCUGCAUCUGUUGCGGGUGGCGGACCUGAAGGCGGCCCUGGAGCAGCGCGGGCUGGCCAAGAGCGGGCAGAAGAGCGCGCUCGUAAAGCGGCUGCGUGGGGCACUGAUGCUCGAGAACCUCCAGAAGCACUCGACCCCUCACGCCACUUUCCAGCCCAAUUCCCAGAUGGGCGAGGAGAUGAGCCAGAACAGCUUCAUCAAGGAGUACCUGGAGAAGCAGCAGGAGCUGCUGCAGCAGCGCCUGGAGCGGGAGGCGCGCGAGGCCGAGGCCGAGGGAUCUGGGAAGAGCGGCCCCGUGCCAAAGGAGCAGCAGGAGGAGGAAGGGGAGAGGAAGGUGAAGGGAGACCCCCCCAUUGCACCCCAUAGAGCCCCACUGAACCCCCGUAGAGCCCCACUGAACCCUGAGGAAGGGGAAGGGGAAGGGGGGGGCACCCCCCGGCCGCCAUCUUUGUCCCCCCCCCGGCCGCCGUCUUCAGCCUCAUCCCCAGGGAGGAAGGAUGAAGCUGAGGGUGAGGGGGGGGCUGAGACCCCCAUAGCCCCCAUGGAGCCCCAGAGCGAGGAGCCGCCGGUGCCCAUGGAGCCGGGACCGCCCCCCCCAAGUGGGGGCUCACCCCCCCCGAGUGCCCCCCCCGAGCGCCCCCCGGACCCUGAGAGCCCCGCCCGGCCCAAGGCCUUCAAGAGGAAGAUCAGCGUCGUCUCGGCCGCCAGGGGGAGCUCGGAAGCAGAGGGGGGGGCCGGCUCGGCGCCGGGGGGCACCCGGAAGCGGCGCUGGGGCAGCAGCACCGGAGCCCCCAAGCGCCCGUCCAUCAGCAUCACCACCGAGAGCCUCAAGAGCCUGAUCCCAGAGAUGAAGGCGGAAGCGGUUGUGGAGCUGCACCCGGAAGAGGAGGAGGAGGAGGAGGAUGAGGAAGAGGAGCGGCCAAUGGAGACAGAGGAGGAGGAAGGGGGGGGCAAAGGAGGCGGGGCAGGAGGAGGAGGGGGCGUGGCCUCGGGGCACCCCCCUUUACCCCUCCCACCGCCCCCCCUGCUGGGGCUGCCCCAUCACCACCAUCACCAUCACCUGCACCAUCACCAUGGCAACAACCCCCCCCUCAAGAUCUGCCGCACCGUCACCCAGGAUGUGCCCCCUGAGAACGGCCGUCGUCAUGACAACGACCCCGAGGGCGCUGAGGAGGAAGGGAAGAGCCGCGGGGAGGCCCCGCCCCCUGCUAGUGCUGGCCCCGCCCCCUCGGCCCAAGCCACGCCUCCCGCCGAGGGAGCACCGCCCCCUGCUGGCACGGAGGGGGAAGUGAAGAGAGGGGACCCCCCCCGCCAGGCCCGGGGCGGUGUGGGGCUGGUGCUGCCCGUGGAUGACCCCGUGCGGGCGGGGCCCAACCGCCCCUCCCCCCCCCGCGCCCGCCCCUCCCCCAUCGUGCACCUCUGCAACCUCGUGCGCCCCUUCACCCUGGGGCAGCUGAAGGAGCUGUUGGGCCGCACGGGGCGGCUGCGAGAGGACGGCUUCUGGAUCGACCGCAUCAAGUCCCACUGCUACGUCACGUACUGCUCUGUGGAGGAGGCCGUGGCCACCCGCAAUGCCCUGCAUGGGGUCAAGUGGCCUCAGUCCAACCCCAAAGUGCUGGUGGCUGACUUCGCCGAGCAGGAGGAGCUCGACUUCCACCGGGGCCUGCUCCCGGAUCGCUUGGAGGGGGGGGAGGAGCCCCCCCCGGGGUCAUGCCCCCAAGGCCGGGGGGCGUGUCCGGGGGGCGUGUCCGGGCCGGGCCGCAGCCAAUCACAGUGGGCGGAGCGGGAGCGGGAGAUGGAGCGGCGGGAACGGGCCCGGGGGGAGCGGGAGUGGGACCGGGACAAAGGCCCCGCCCCCUCGGGCCCGCCCCCGCCCUCCGCAGGCCCCUCCCCUUCCAGCCCUGGCCACGCCCCCUCGGCAACGGGGACACGCCCCCUGGGCGGCGGCCACGCCCCCUCUGCGCGGGAGCCCCGCCCCCGGCACCGGCAGCCAAUGGCGGAGAAGGACAGGACCGGGCGGGGCUCCAGGGAGGGGAGGGGGGAGAAGAAAGAGAAGCCCCCCGAGGAGCCCCCCGCCAAGCUGCUGGAUGACCUCUUCCGCAAGACCAAAGCAGCGCCCUGCAUCUAUUGGCUGCCGCUGACUGACACUCAGUUCGUCCAGAAGCAGGCCGAGCGAGCCGCCCGGGCCCGGGAGCGCGAGCGCCGCCGCAAGGAGCAGGAGGAGGAGGAGCAGCGCCAGCAGCAGCAGCAGCAGCAGCGCGGGGCCCCGCCCACCGCCUCCUCACGUGACAAGCGGGCCCCGCCCACCGGCUCCGCCCCCAGCAGGUGCUUAUAG